AUGGAGCUGGAGAACAUCGUGGCCAACACGGUGCUGCUGAAAGCACGGGAAGGAGGAGGUGGAAACAGAAAAGGAAAAAGCAAGAAAUGGAAGCAGAUGCUGCAGUUCCCCCACAUAAGUCUGUGUGAAGAGCUGCGACAAACCACAGAGAAGGACUACAGCAGCCUGUGUGAGCGGCAGCCCAUCGGACGGUUACUGUUCAGACAGUUCUGUGAGACGCGACCUGAACUGAGACGCUGCGUCAAGUUCCUGGAUGCUGUGGCGGAGUACGAGGUGACUCCGGACGAGAGGAGGAAGGAGAGCGGUCAGGAACUUGUCGACAAGUACUUCGAUCCAAAGUCGGAGGACCACGUGCCUGAGGUGGAGGACGUCAUGAUGGCUCAGUGCACCGAGAGGCUGCAGCAGGAGGCCUGCAAAGAGCUCUUCAAGGACUGUACCAAAUUGAUCCACGACUACCUGAGCGUGGCGCCCUUCGCAGACUACCUCGACAGCAUGUACUACAACAGGUUCCUCCAGUGGAAGUGGCUAGAGAGGCAACCGGUGACGAAAAACACAUUCCGACAGUACAGAGUUUUAGGGAAAGGAGGCUUCGGAGAGGUGUGUGCGUGUCAGGUACGGGCCACAGGGAAGAUGUACGCCUGUAAGAAGCUGGAGAAGAAGAGGAUAAAGAAGAGGAAAGGAGAGUCCAUGGCGCUCAAUGAGAAACAGAUCCUGGAGAAAGUCAACAGUAGAUUUGUAGUGAGUUUAGCGUACGCCUACGAGACGAAGGACGCCCUGUGCCUGGUGCUCACCCUCAUGAACGGAGGAGACCUGAAGUUUCACAUCUACCACAUGGGCGAGGCGGGUUUCGACGAGAGGAGGGCCGUCUUCUACUCGGCGGAGAUCUGCUGUGGGCUGGAGGACCUGCACCGGGAACGUAUCGUCUACAGGGACCUCAAACCAGAGAACAUCCUGCUGGACGACCACGGCCACAUCAGGAUAUCGGAUCUGGGUCUGGCGGUUCAUGUGCCUGAGGGGCAGAGCAUCAAGGGACGGGUGGGAACAGUAGGAUACAUGGCUCCGGAGGUGGUGAAGAACGAACGCUACACCUUCAGCCCCGACUGGUGGGCGCUGGGCUGCCUGCUGUACGAGAUGAUCGAAGGCCAGUCGCCCUUCCAGCAGAGGAAGAAGAAGAUCAAGAGGGAGGAGGUGGAGCGGCUGGUGAGGGAGGUGGAGGAGGAGUAUUCCAGCAAGUUCUCCGAGGACGCCACGUCCCUCUGCAAAAUGCUGCUGGCCAAAGAUCCCACGGAGAGGCUGGGCUGCCAGGGGGGCGGAGCCUCUGAGGUCAAAGGCCAUCCCAUCUUCCGCUCCAUCAACUUCAAACGGCUGGAGGCCGGCAUGCUGCAGGUGCCCUUCACCCCCGACCCGCAGGCCAUCUACUGUAAAGACGUGCUGGACAUCGAGCAGUUCUCCACGGUGAAGGGCGUCGAGCUGGAGCCAAAAGACGAGUCGUUCUACAGCAAAGUGUCCACGGGCAGCGUUUCUAUUCCCUGGCAAAAUGAGAUGAUCGAGACCGAGUGUUUCACAGAGCUGAAUGUUUUCUACCAGGACGGGACGGUUCCUCCAGACCUGGACUGGAGAGGACAGCCGUCCCCUCCCCCCAAACAGGGACUCCUGCAGCGGCUGUUUGGCCGACAGGACUGCUGUGGAAACUGCAGUGACAGUGACGAGGAGCCCACCAGGCUGUGACACACACACACACACACACACACACACACACACACACACACACACACACACACACACACACACACACACACACAGGAUCUCAUUUGUUUACAACUUUUGCACAUUUGUAUUUUUGAGACAGUACUCUCUCUCUAAAUGUCAGAAUGUAUAUUUUCAGCAUAGCCAUAAAGUUUAAUGUUAUUUAAAAAGGUGUGAAUAUCGGUUGUGGACGAACCAGGAGACGGGGACGAAGACAGAAGAUGAACUUUUUGUUUUUGUUGUUGUUUUUAGUUUCUUUAUUUUGUGUACUGGGAAAGCUCUUUGCUUUCACACUCGUCCACUUCUACAUUUCCAUGUAAAUCUUAAUCUUAAAGAACUGGGAGCCGCUGCUGCUGCUGCUGCUGCCGCUGCUCCGCUGGAACUAUCGCCUGCUGUAAGUGCCUUGCUCGAGGGCACCGUGACACAGUGGUUACCAAGGGAGGACUGAGCAUUCCUCGAUCUCGUUACAUUGCCCCACUUUGUCCAGGGAAUCGACUUAGUGACAUUCAGCUACUGAACUAUGACCACUUUACUUCCUCUGCCCUCCAUUCUGCUGAGACCGACCUCACUGCUGCGUUUCUCUUCUAUUUAACUCCAGGUUUUCGUUCGCUUGAUGUCAGAGCCGUGACGUCUACAUCUGCAGAUAUUUUUAUAACAAUAUUAUUUGUAUUUUUCUUUUCCGUGAUGGAGACAAUCGACUUGCUGUGUCAGUGGCUUCAGUUGCUCUUGUCAAUUCAAGAUGUGACAGAUGUUGUGAAGUUAAAUUACACCUUCACUUUUUUCCCUAAAGUUAUAUUUUGGAGCUGCCCCCAUUUUCACAAAAGAUGCUAACAGCAGAGGUUUAACUCAAAUAAAAUUUUUUUUUAAAAAAGGCAGUAUUUGAAAUUAUAUUAACACUUUAUUAUUAUUAUUAUUAUUAUUAUUUUAUUUACUUUUUUUUUUUUUAGGAAAAAAAGUAAUUUGGCACGUAUUAUCGAGAAGACACACAAUGCUCUUUUUCCAAAUCAUGGCCCACUUUUCUCAGAGCACUUUUUAUUUUAAUUAUAACGAUCAAACAUUGAACUGAAAGCAGAAGAAGCUCAGUUUUCUUUUUUGUUGAAUGUGCAGAGAUCACUUGUCGAUUCAACAAGUUCCUAUCAUUGGCUUAUCACAGAUAGAAUAUGAGAAAAAAAAAACAAUGAAAGGAGGUUUUAAACACU